AUGAAUUAUACGAACAAUGUUACAUCUGAAGAUCGAAGUGGUGGUCGAAUUGAGCUUGAAGAUGAGCAUAAGGAAACUCAAACUGUGAAUGAUACAAAGAGUAAUGGUGUGGAGAGUCGGAAGAACCCUAAACACUCACUAAGUAAGAGAGGGUCUAUAUUGUUGCACAAGGCAUUUGUGCGACUGAAAAGUAAAGAUUCGGCUUCCAACUCGCUGAAUGACGUUAGUAAUUCGACCAGUGCUGCUAAAAGUAGUAACCGUGGGUCUACAAGCUCGCAGACUAAAUACCAGUCCAAGGCUGAACCUGUGGAAGGAGGAAGGAAGAGAAGAGACUCUAAGAAAAGGAGAAAACCUAUAGGAAGAAAAAAUGAAAUAAACCCCGUUUCUAAUCACAGCAGUAGACAGCAGCAUAAAGUAGAACCAGACUAUUAUGAAGAAAGUAAGGUAGCCAAGGACCUGGAUGAAGGUGAAGAGAAGAGCCUUCCUCCUAAGCCUUCUUCUAUUCCCUACAAGGGUAAGCUAUUAAAGGUCAGAGACGGAAGAAAGGACAAUUCGGAUACAGAAUAUAAUGAGCUCAGUGCUGCAGAAGGUAACGAAGGUGAUGAAGAAGGCGUUAAGAGAAGCUCUCAUGUGGGAUCUUCCAUAACAUCAUCAAAGAACCUAUCUGUAAGAAGUCUAGAGAAUGAAGACAAAUUAGAUAAGGAACUACCAGAGCAUGAUUUACACAUUGAAAGUGAACCUUAUAAGGCUCAUGACGGGGAGGUUGAAGAUGUAGAAGAACCACAAAAGAGAAAUGAAGUGAUAGAUGAGAUUGAAGAUAAGGAGGAAGAAUCAGAUACUGGCGGGAUUGUGCAUCCAUAUUCUGGUCCCAUUAAAAACCCUUCCAACGAAAACAGCCCUAUAAAACUUAAGCAAGAAAAAGAGUUGCCCUUGAUAAAUGCCAGUAUUGCUAAAGCACCCCCAAGUCCACGUAAGCAGUCAAUAUUAAGGCACAAGAAUGGAAAUGGCAACAAGAAUGAUUCUAUUAUCACUGAUUUAAAGGGGAAUCUUCGUACCAUGGAUCUCAAUGCAGCUGAAAAUGCUUUACUUGAGCCUAGCACUCAAAUAUCGCCUAGUUUGAACUUGGAUGACAAGGUCUCCCUAUUCCAGUACCAUUCAUCAAAGGUUUUGAUAUAUGAUGAACAACCUCAAAAUCCAGAUGCAGUUAAUGUCGAGGAUUCCAAAAAGGUCUCUGGAAGAUUAUUGGGUCAUGGAUUGUUCGAAAUCUUUCAACUCCACAACGGAGACGUAACAUACUUGUCCUGUGGUACUUCUUUUAUAUAUCCAUUACUUCCGAAGCUCAAGAUCUUAAGAACAACGUUCAAUACUUUUGUUCUACCAUUGGUAAACCCAGAGAGAUAUUGGAAGAUUUCCAUUGGAACUGAAGACGACGAUGAAGUUUUAUCGAAAUUGGAAAGAAUCUUAAAAGAAAACGUGUGCUACAGGAAUCUUUAUCAAAAAGAAGAAAGCAAGAAGGAUACCAACCCUUCAGAGAAACAGACUUCUGAUGUUGAUGAUGCAGCAGGAGGAAGUGUGUUGACUCCAAUAAGUAAAGGAGCUCCAACCUCUAGAAUCGUUCAUCCGCGGCGCAUCGACAGUUUCAGUAAACACUAUAAGAAUGGUUUGGGAGCGGGAGAUGUUGGAGGCACCCCUUUGAAGAAUUCUGAUGAAGACCAAGUAGUUAAUGGAGGCUUUCUCUCUCACGAGAUUCCCGACUCUCCACCAUCUGCUCCUCUUUCCCCAGCUAGGCCUGAUGAUGUAGAUCUCACCGGUUUUGAUAUCAAUGACACACCGUCAAAGAGCGCAAGAAAGGAUGGGACUUGGCUAAUUGAGAGACAAACAUCGGGAAAUUCUUUUUCUACCGAUGUAGCAUGUUUAGAUAUGAACCUGGUCCUGGUUCUGGUUCCAUUGGCAGCUCCCGUGGUAAAUUCAGGGACUAGCUACUCUUCACGUCGUAUUGAACUUCCUGUGCAGGCACAGAGCUAUAAUUCGACUAACAUAUUACAACCAAAACCUUUGAAGUCAGUCAAUUCUUUCCAUACCAUCCAGCAAUCAAAUACUAAUAAUGAUUUUGCGCCAGAAAAUGACCAUGGAAAUGAUUCGGACUCUUCAAUGGAUUCCCUAAUCGAAGAAUAUGAGGAAAACCUAUCAUCAAUACCUCACCUAAAGUCUCAGGCUACAUCGAGACCUCCUUCACGUGCCCCAUCUCGAGUCUCUACUAGUUAUGGAAACAAUGAUAAUUCAAUUCACUACAGACGUCCAGCGUUGUUCCAAGGAAAAAUUGACAGAGACGAAACAAACGAUGACGCCGAUGAAGAAUUUCCGAGUACCUCAUUAUCGGAAUACAAUAGAAUUCAUAAUGGAACAGGAAGAUCCAGACGUUCUUCUAGGAGUGAAGUUGUUGAUUGGGUUAAUAGCAAAAGCGGUUCGCAUACCAUAUCUGCAGGUGCAACAGGAGUAGUUGGUAAUAAUGGCCUUACUAAGUCGAGGUCUACCUAUUCUAUUGCAAGUUCGUAUAGACAGGGACCUAAUGGUGGUCAGGGUAAUCUCAGUAAUACAUAUAAGGAGAUAUACCGAUCAAUAACUCAAAGAAACCUUGCUCAAAAGUUAAAUAUGGAUGAUGAUGCCAAAUCUAGUAAAUCUGCAUACCCACAUUCCUCUAGAUCAAAGUAUCCACCUUUAUCAAGAUCUGCAUUCACUCCCGUUCUGCUUGGCUCAAGUAGGCCAGUGAAUAGCGGGACUAGAAAAUAUACCAAUAGCGUCGUGAGUGAGCGCCCAGCGUCUGUUGUUGGAGGAGGAUUGACUUCCUCUGAGGUUUAUAAAAUGUUAAGCGUUAGUAAGUCCCAUAACAACUUGAAGGAAGAAUUAAAGAGACCAGCCAAGAGGGAAGCAGCUGCACUGAGUAGUGGGGGAUUGGCGUCCAAGUUAUUCGGAUGGUGA